AUGGGUUAUGUUGUCGAACAAGGCUUGCAUUUAUUAGAUUUUAUCGAUGAAAACGUGGGCCACAUCAUUGGGGAAAGCUUUGGCUCGUUGGAUGUAGCCGAAAACACGGAUGUAGCGAAAGAAACGAGUUACAUCGAAGAAGAAAGCUUGAGCUUGCUGGGCAUAGCCGAAAACACGAGUCACAUCAUUGGAGAAAGCUUGAGCUCGUUGGGCGCAGCAAAAUAUACGGGCCACAUCAGCUUAAACUUGUUAAAUCAAUAUUAUGUGGUUUAUCGUAUUGAAGAAAGUAACAAACUUACUUCUGUCCGUUUUAUUGACAAAGAAGUCUUAAAUAUGCCAAAUAUCCAUAAACUCGUUCAGAAACGCAUAUGUCUUAAAUGCAGAAAAUUGUUCAAUUAUCCGAGCCAGUUAAAAAUUCACAUAAAGUCUCAUUCUGGUGAAAAACUGUACUGCCGAUAUAAAGACUGCAAAACAUCCUUUACGUUUGAACAUAAUAGACGACGUCACGAAAAAUGGAUGCAUUGUCCCAAACGAAAAUAUGAGUCUAUGAUUUUCCUCUCUUCUUAA